AUGAAUGUCAUAUACAAAGAUACAAUUUUUCAUUUAACUACUUCAAAUAUACCAACUAUACCUGUAGUUAUUAAUUUUUUAUUUCCAUUAUUUUUAAUAUUAUCAAAUACAAAAAUAACGGGUGGACAUUAUAUUGAUGAUAGUCAAUAUGACGAGAUAAUGAAGGAAGUUAAUAGAAAAAAAGGAAGACUUAAAAGAGAUUUAAAUAAUAAUAUAGAAAAUUCUGCUCAAUUUGUUAAUCAUUAUUAUUUACCAAGUCAAAGAGAAAGUCAUACAAAUAUUGUUAGACCUAUACCAAAACCUGAUGAAGGAUGUACUAUUAAUAAUGAUACUCUUGCUAAGACUGUACUUGAACAAAUCAUGUUAAAUUAUGAUAGAAAAAAUGUUCCAAAUGCUAAGGGUGUUGAUGUACAGGUUGAUUUAAUUAUUCAGGCAAUGUCAUCUAUUAAUGAAAAUUCAGCCAGUUUCACAACUGAUGUUCUUUUUUCACAAAUUUGGGAAGAUAAAGGAUUAAAUUUUGAAAAUAUUACAAGAUGUUUACCAAAUUUAACUUUAUCACAUAGAACAAUUGAUGAUAUAUGGUUACCUAAUGUAUGCUUCCAAAAUAGUAAAAGUACAUAUAUUCAUAACUCACCAACACCAAAUAUUUUUCUUCUUAUUUAUCCAAAUGGAACAUUAUGGGUAAAUUAUAGAGUAAAAGUUGAAAUACCAUGUGAAUUAGAAAUGACAACUUUUCCAACUGAUUAUCAAAAAUGUGAAGCAACAUUUGAGUCAUAUUCAUUUAAUAUAGGUAAAGUUCGCCUUAAUUGGUAUGAAACUGGUGUUGUGUUAGCAUCAACAGGAAAAUUACCAGAUUAUGAUUUGGUACGUUGUAGUUGGCAAAAAAAUCAAUUCUCCUAUCCAGCAGGUCAAUGGGAUCAAUUAAGUGCUACAUUUUAUUUUCGUAGAGCAUUUGGUUAUUAUAUUCUUCAAUUAUAUAUGCCAACAUAUGCCUCAGUAUUCAUAAGUUGGAUAGCAUUUUGGUUAGACCCUAAAUGUCUUCCAGGAAGGAUUACUCUUGGUGUUAGUGCAUUAAUGGCUUUAACAUUUCAGUACGGUAAUGUAGCAAGAAGUUUACCAAAAGUUUCUUAUGUAAAAGCAUUAGACGUUUGGAUAUUUGCUUGUAUGGGCUUUAUUUUCUUCUCAUUAGUAGAAUUGGUUAUUGUUGGUCACGUUGAUAAACAUUAUAAAGGAAAUGAUAAAAAAAGAUAUAUUGAAGAUACUUAUGACCAUACUCAGGGAAGAAAAUAUUCUGAUGUUAAAAAAAAUUCAUAUUUAAGAAUGAAACAUAGUUUAGGUGAAUCAACAAAUAAUCUUAAUAAUGAAAUGAAUGAUAUAAGACUUCGAAAUAUGAUAUGGCAUCAAAAAACUACUACAAAAUCAAGUAAAAUUACAUCAAUUGAAGGUACAAAUUCACCAGAUAAUAAUUUUAAUAAAAUAAAUAAUACAAUACCAAUACCAUUAUUAUCAAAUGAAAAUGGACAAUUAUAUUCAGUUGGAAGAUUAACAAUUCCUAGUAGUAGUUUAAAACGUUUAAAACGUAAACGUAAUCUAGAAAUUGUUGAUAUGAAUUAUGGUACAAAACCAUCAUUUAUUGAAAAAUUUACAACAUGGAAUUCUAGUGAAUGGACUGGUGAAAAAGUAGAUAAAUUUUGUCAAUUCUCAUUUCCUAUUGGUUUUAUAUUAUUUAAUUGUUUCUACUGGAUAUAUUAUACAACAGUAUCACAAAAACAAUUUCAUGCUAUGGUUGAUGAGAAAUCAGUUAUUGGUAAUUGUGCAUUAAUGUAA